GUAACGGGUACUGAGUGGGAGCGGUCUGGUCAUAAGAAAAAUCGGCGGGUUGAAGUGACUAGUAGCGUGUGUGGCGCAGGGAUUUAUUUCAAGAUGUCAGGUCGUACAGCGCCAUUAAUCUCAUUCACCUUUAUCGAUAACUCCAUUUCAUCCCUGAAAAACUGCCAAACCUAUAUUAGCACAGGGAUGGAAAUUGCAUCUGGAGUGGCGCUUGAUCUACUAGAGAAUGGCAACAUGACCGAUGUGAACAGCAUGGAAUCAGUAAUGAUGGAAUAUGCUGCAAUGGAAAGAGAUUUAAAGCAAUAUAUCAAAGCUGUAGAACAGACAGUAAAUACGUUAAAACGUGAACAACUUGAAGAAAUCCCUGAUCUGAAAGCCCUUGUGAAGGAAAGAUUUUCAUCACUUCAGGGACAAAAUACAGACUUGGACCUUCAACAUAAUGAGAGAGUUGUCCAGUUUAAAGAGCAGCUUCGAGAAAUGAGCAGACAAAUGGGACUUUCUGUGGAAAGCACUGCAGAGACCUUUGAAGAUAUUGAUGAGGAUAUAGCAGUUACUCAGAGCCAGACGAUUUUCAUUUGCCCCAUUACGCAGCUGGAAAUGGAAAAUCCUGUGAAGAAUAAAGUGUGUGGUCACACCUAUGAAAAAGAGGCUAUUGAAAGGUUGAUUCAAAACAGACAUCAAAAGAAGGAUAAGGCAACGUGCCCAAAGAUUGGCUGCGGUCACAACGACAUGAAGAUAGCAGAUCUUGUUCCAGAUACUGCACUGAAAAGAGCCAUUGAAAUGCAGAACAGAAAGAGAAGUCGGAACUGAGCCUUAAACUCAGAUACCCCUGUUCCUAAGAAGACUAAAAUGUUAUGUGUCCUGUGACAUAUGCCAUGCGUCAUAUACAUAUGCCAGUCUGAGCAAAUAGCUAAAGGAUGCUGCUUUUAUACUGCAUUACACAGCUUAAGAAAUAAAUAUUUUCUUUCUUUUUUAUUUCUUUUUUUUGUUUAACAAAAUGGGUUAGUCUUUAAUAAAAUUAUUUUCGUUUUCAAAAGCAUCCCACUUUCUUCUGUUUUGUUAUUAAAUUAUUUGUAUGCAUAAGUCAUGUCUGCCUUAACCCUUUGGCUGCUAAGCCAUUUCCCACCUGGGUGCUAAGCUAGUUUUGAGCUUUUUGUUGCAGUUCACAUUUAAACACUUUUAGAAGUAAAGUUUGUGUGAAUAAACUAUACAAACUAUAUAUUGGUUUUUUUCCAGCAGAUUUCAAAUAUACCAUUAUUAUAUGUGUAUGUCUCAACAGGCUUUAAAAAUAAAGCAUAAAAUAUGAAAAAAGUG